AGUGCGAUUUUGAUAAUAUUGAAAAGUUAUUCGAUACGGAUUCAAACGAUUUUGGGUUCGAAAAAGUUGAUAAUACAGUGGAAUCUUUUGAAUCUUUAAGAUAUCAUGAUACUACAGAUGAAGAAUAUGUAGCUAUUAGUAAAGAAUCUUGGAAGAAAGAUUCAAGUCAAGAGAGCAUUAAUGAAAGUUGCAGCAGUGUUAAAACAGGUUUUAAUGAGGAAGAUAUUAACAAAAAGAUUGAAAGAUAUAUUACUAUUAAUGGUGAAACACCGAGAAAUGUUUUUAUUUGGUUAUUAAAUAACAAAUCAAAUUCAAAGCAAAUAUGUCUACUCGGAAGAUUUUACCAUGGUCGAAUUGGAACAAAUAAGAAUAGUGAGAGGGCAUUUAAUGCAUUCUUUAAUGUAAAAGAAAAUGCAGGAAAAAAAGAACUUG